AUAAUCUGCCACGUUUACGAAUACUCAUUUCAUAUGAUAUUUUUCAAGGAUUUGCUGCUAUUAUAUCAACAAAAUUGAUGGAAGAAACGUUACCGAAAUUCAAUGUACAAAUUACCGAAGAUCGACUACAUGAAGGUGCACGCGAGUUGAUCUCGAAAAUUCGUCCCGAAUGGCCAUUAAAUAAAUUAUCAUUCAAAAUUUUCACGGAUGGUAUUACGAAUCGCUUAAUCGGUGUUUACUUUGAUCCACGAAACAAACAUGAUAUGGUUUUGAUUCGAAUCUAUGGAGAAAAUACCGAUCUAUUCAUAGAUCGAAAUACUGAAUGUUGUAAUAUGAAAAUCAUGUACAAACAUGGUUUAUCCGCUCCAAUUUAUGGCACAUUUCUAAACGGCAUUUGUUACGGAUAUUCACCAGGAAAAGUUCUUGAUGAAAAUCUUGUCCGUGAUUCGAAUAUUAGCCAAUUGAUUGCCGAGAAAAUGGCACAAAUGCAUACGUUGAAACCAUUGAAAACAACAACAAAAAACACUAUUCAACAAUCGCCCAUACAAGCCAGCCUUUUUCGGGAUAUGAAAAAAUUUGUCGCUCUUGUUGACAGUGCCUUGCCAUUGAAACCUUCAGCUAAUUUAAAAUUAAAAAACUAUUAUGAUAUAGAAAAUUUGAAAGCCGAAAUUAAUUACUUGGAACAAAUUUUGAUCCCUCUUUGUUCGCCCAUAGUUUUUUGUCACAAUGAUUUAUUGUUAAAAAAUAUUAUUUUUAAUGAAUCGACUAACAACGUGACGUUUAUUGAUUUUGAAUAUUCUGAUUACAAUUAUCAAGCUUUCGAUAUAGCCAACCAUUUUUGUGAAUUUUGCGGCGUAGAUUCUUUCGAUUGCAGCCUUUAUCCUAAUCAAGAAUUUCAAUUUCGUUGGCUUAAAAUUUAUCUUAAAAAAUGGUAUUCACUUACUAAUGGGGAGAUGGAUGACAAUCGAUUAAAUGAUUCAAUAUUAGAACGAAAUAUUGAACCAUUAUAUAAUACAGUGAGUAAAUUUGCCUUGGCUUCAUGUCUUUAUUGGGGACUAUGGGCAUUAGUUCAGGUGUCGAAUUCUUCCAUCGAUUUUGAUUAUGAAUCAUUCGCCUUUCAACGUUUGAAUGAAUAUUAUAGACGAAAAAAUCUGUCUGAACUUUGAUCAAUCACUUUUGUAGUAAUAUUGUUUUUUUACUUUUUUCUCAUCUUUUUAUUCAUUGGAUCGAUUCCAUUUAUUGUUAACAUAUCUUAUAUUGUUUUAAAAGUUUGAUUAUUUCAUUUCAAAAAUUUAUUUUACUAAAAAUAAACUUUGCUGAAAUUGUGA